AUGAGCAUAUACAUAUGUUUUCGUGUAGGAUGGAUCAAUGUUGGCAACAUGAGCCAUCCCAGACGAUGGCACACAGCGACCUUAUUAACAAAUGGAAAAAUACUAGUUACUGGUGGAAGUAAUUUUGAUAUUCUCAAUAGUGCCGAAUUAUAUGAUCCAUUAACAGGAACUUGGACAAUCACCGGUGGCAUGAAACAUCCACGAGGUGUGCACACAGCAACCUUAUUAACAAAUGGAAAAGUAUUAGUUACUGGUGGAACUAAUUAUGAUGGUGUUCUAAAUAGUGCCGAAUUGUAUGAUCCAUCAACAGGAACGUGGAUAACUACUGGUAGCAUGCAUACUGAACGAAUGGCUCACACAGCAUGCUUAUUAACAAAUGGAAACGUAUUGGUUGUUGGUGGAGACAAGAUGAAUGGUGUUCUAAAUAGUUCUGAAUUGUAUGAUUCAUCAACAAGUACUUGGACAACUACUGGUAUCAUGAAUAGUCGACGAGCGAAGCAUACAGCAUCCUUAUUAAUGAAUGGGAAAGUGUUAGUUGUUGGUGGAGAAAAUAUGAAUGGUGUUCUAAAUAGUUCUGAAUUGUAUGAUCCAUCAACAGGAACUUGGACAACUACUACCAGCAUGAAUAGUCCACGAGCGAAGCAUACUGCAUCCUUAUUAAUAAAUGAAAAAGUAUUAGUUGUUGGUGGAGAAAAUAUGAAUGGUGUUCUAAAUAGUGCUGAAUUGUAUGAUCCAUCUGCUGAAAAUUGGACAACUACUAGCAGCAUGGAUCAGGCACGAUAUGACCACAGAACAUCCGUAUUAACAAAUGGAAAGGUGUUAGUUACUGGUGGAGGAAUUUUUCCUCAUUCUUAUAGUAGUGCCGAAUUGUAUGAUUCAUCAACAGGAACUUGGACAACUAUUGGUAACAUGACCUAUCCACGAAGUUCGCACACAGCGACCUCAUUAACAAAUGGACAAGUGUUAGUUACUGGUGGAGAAAAUAUAGUUGAAUUUCUAAGUAGUGCUGAAAUGUAUGAUGUAUCAACAGAAACUUGGAUAACUAACGGUACCAAUGAAGAUUUUGUGAGCGAAGCACAUAGCAUUCGUAUUAAUAAAUGGAAAAGUGUUAGUUACUGGUGA